UCGGUUUUUAAGAGGCUCGCCCAAAAUUGGCAGCAUAGUCAACGGUCAAUACUCUCGGUUGACUCCGAUUCUGGUUUGUUGCCUAACCGCGCAUAAAUAGUGAAAACCUCAGGCUGCCGCCAUCAACCGCGGCGAAUUUGAAUUCGCUAUCUUCGCUCAUCACCAGCAAUGGCGACGGAGCUGGGCCCCACGAAGCUGGCCUACUUCGAUGACAUGUGGGCCCUCCAGUCCACCUCCAUCCUCCUCUCUCUCCAUCAGUCUGAGGACGGACGAAGCGCUCUGAUCUUGGAAUCCACGAUCUUCCAUCCUCAAGGCGGCGGCCAGCCGGCGGAUACCGGGUCCAUCUCGAACCCUAGCUCCGGUUUCAAGUUCGUCGUCGAGGACGUCAGGUUGAAGGAUGGAUUGGUUUAUCAUUAUGGAUUUUUCGAGAGUUCUCAAGAUGGAUCAGAAUCAAGUUUCAAAGAAGGAGAAGAAGUGAGCUUGCAUGUUGAUGCACCGAGACGUGACCUCAACUCCAGGCUCCACUCAGCUGGACACUUGUUGGAUAUUUGCAUGCAGAAUGUAGGCUUAGGUUACCUAGAGCCUGGCAAAGGUUACCAUUUCUCUGAUGGGCCGUUUGUUGAAUAUAAAGGCGUAGUCCCACUGGAUGAAUUGCAAACCAAACAAAAGGAGUUGGAGAUAGAAGCAGCUGCAUUAAUUUCUAGGGGUGGAAAGGUGUUAGCUUCGGUUGUACCGUAUGAUGAAGCUGUAAACUGGUGCGGCGGUGACCUUCCUUCUUACAUAUCUAAGAGCAGCACCCCACGAAUUGUUAAAUUGGGGAACAAUCCUGGAUGUCCUUGUGGAGGGACACAUGUUGCUGAUAUUGCUGAUAUCAAGACCUUGAAGGUUACCCAGAUUCGAACAAAGAAAGGACUGACAAAGGUUUUCUACAGCAUUGGCCUCUGAUUGUCCUCUGAGGAAAUAUCACAGCGAAGGAAGCUUUUGGUUCAAAUUCUAAUGCCUCAACUUGAUUAAAGAGUUUUAAUGACACCGACAUGAUAAGUUCUCAAAUGCAUAAAGAAGUUGAAGAAGAUGAUUAUGAUCAGAAUGGAAUGAGCUAAACAUUCAUAUGUUGCUGCUUAUGACAGAAUCUAUUCUUUUGAACACAAUUCUGUGUAUACCGUCUUAAUUACUUGAGGGGACAUGUGAGGCGUCAGCCCCUGGAGGCGGGACGCACUGUUCAUGAACAGUGCAUCAAAGUUUAAUUUCUGAGGAAGAAUUUUCAUAUCCAUCUGCUGCCAAUGGACAAGAUAAUUCCUUUUCUU